AUCCCAUUAAUGCGUUCGGAAUAGCUUCAAAUCACAAAAGCUGGUGAUGGCUUCAUUUUUAUUCAAUAGUCAACGUUCUUGUGCUAGUCAAAUGGAGGUGUAUCCAUUUGCCUUUUUUUUUUUUUUUUUAAACAGAUAAUCAAUUUGUUGGUUUUUCAUUUUUCUUUUUUACCUUGUUUUGAAACUAUGCACUGACAACGAUAAAUUAUCUAAUAUAGAAAUCUUUAGCAUCACCAAUUUGAUACCACUUGCAGUAUUUUAAAAUAAAAGAAGAGCUUAGAGUGUGGCCUAUCCUUCUGAAUUUAGAUUUAGCUUUAUAUUUUAUUAACAAUAUCUUCUUCCAUCUAUUUAAUCCUGCCAUCGUCAGAGUCGUUUUCUUUGCUGAGCAAAGAACAUGAAACCAGAUUGGAGCCCAACAAGUGAACGAAAGGCUUUUGAUGACACAAAAGCCGGUGUUAAAGGACUUGUUGAUGCUGGAAUCAACAAGAUCCCUCACUUCUUUCAUCAACCAGUAGAUGUUUCCGACAAGAGUUCACUUGGUGUUGAUUCCAGGUUCAGAUUCCCCGUCAUCAACCUUGAAGCUAUUCAUAAAGAUUCAAUUCGACGCAAGGAAGUUGUUGACAAAGUCCAGAUUGCCUCAGAGACUUGGGGAUUUUUUGAAGUGGUCAAUCAUGGCGUUCCUGUAAAUGUUCUGGAGGAGAUGAAGGAUGGAAUUCGUAGAUUUUAUGAGCAGGAUAUUGAGCUGAAAAAGGAAUUCUAUUCUCGUGAUUAUACAAAAAAGAUUGUGUACAAUAGCAAUUUUGAUUUGUUUACUGCACAAGCUGCUAACUGGAGAGAUACCAUUUUCUUCCUCAUGGCUCCUGAUCCUCCAAAAUCAGAAGAGCUGCCAGCAGUAUGCAGGAAUAUAUUGAAGGAAUACUGCAAGGAAGUAACAAGCUUGGGGAACUUACUGCUCGAAUUAUUAUCAGAAGCACUUGGUCUGAGCCCAAGUCACUUGAAAGAAAUGGAUUGUGCUGAAGGACUUGCUGUUCUAUGUCAUUACUAUCCAGCAUGCCCCCAGCCAGAAUUAACAUUGGCCACAAGCAAGCAUACUGAUAAUGACUUUCUCACUGUGCUUCUACAAGAUCAUAUCGGUGGCCUCCAAGUUCAGCAUCAGAAUCAAUGGAUUGAUGUUCCUCCAACACCAGGCGCUCUAGUUGUUAACAUUGGAGACCUUCUACAGCUCAUAUCGAAUGACAAGUUCAUAAGCGUCGAGCAUAGGGUGCUGGCAAACCAUAUUGGACCAAGAAUAUCUGCGGCGUGCUUCUUUAGCACUUCUGUAAUGCCAAAAUCACGACUUUAUGGACCUAUUCAGGAGCUGCUGUCAGAAGAGAAUCCUCCAAAGUACAGAGAAACCACAGUAACAGAAUACGUACUCUACUCUAAUGGAAAAGGUCUUGAUGGUACUUCUCCUCUGCUGCAUUUUAAGCUUUGAAAAUUAGAAAUGGUAGAAGGCUAGGCUUAUGAACUUUUCAGUACCUUUCUUCAAUAUUUUUGUUACACUUAUCAUUGACCUUUGGCUUCAAAAUGGAUCCGGAUAAUAACUUCACUUUCAGGGAAUAAAUUGAGGACCUUGCACCUUCUGUUGUCA